AUUUUUACAGUAUGAGGCGAACACAACAGUAUGAAACUUCAUUGGGAGCUGUGUUUUUUAUUGAUUCUACUAGACAAGAAGAGAGUCUGUAAUCAUGGAGAAUACACCGAGGAAUGUAACUGGCUCUGAGUCCUCAGAGAUAGUGAAUCCUCAAGCACCAGCUGGUAACAUGACAUCGCCAAGGCGUAGGCCUGAGGAACCUGUGGGAAUUGCCAACAGAGCUGCUCCAAUAACAUCACCAACCAGAAGACCAUGGGACUCGGUAACAGCAGCCACUGCUGAAAAGGCCUUGGAGAAGAUACGCAGGGAACGAAAUAAUCUGGUCAAAUUACUUCAAAACAUUGCUGGCAAGGUCUUGGAUGAGUUGCUCUGCCAGUUGGUGAUCACACAGCAGGACUACAAUCGAAUCAACAAAAGAAAGGAUGCAGAGGACAAAAUAAGACUAUUGUUGAUUGUGAUCCAGCAGAAAGGGGAACUGACCUGUAUGCAAUUUUUGGAGAGUUUACAAAACCUGUUGCCUGAUUUCCAACAGCACAUACAAUACCCAGGACAGGGAUCUUUUCAUAUGGAUGAUGAACCUGGAAAUCAAGAAGGCCCUGUGCCCCCAAGGGAAGAAGGGCCUGAGAAUCGAGACGGCCCUGUGUCCCCAGAGGGGCAUGGAUCCAGGAAUCGAGAUGGCCCUGUGUCCCCAGAGGGGCAUGGAUCCGAGAAUCGAGAUGGUCUUGUGUCCCCAGAGGGGCAUGGAUCCAAGAAUCGAGAUGGCCCUGUGUCCCCAGAGGGGCAUGGAUCUGAGAAUCAAGACGGCCCUGUGUCUCCAGAGAGGGAUGGAUCUGACAAUCGAGAUGGCCCUGUGUCCCCAGAGGGGCAUGGAUCCGAGAAUCGAGACGGCCCUGUGUCCCCAGAGGGGGAUGGAUCUGAGAAUCGAGACGGCCCUGUGUCCCCAGAGGGGGAUGGAUCCGAGAAUCAAGAUGGCCCUGUGUCCCCAGAGGGGGAUGGAUCCGAGAAUCGAGACGGCCCUGUGUCCCCAGAGGGGGAUGGAUCCGAGAAUCAAGAUGACCCUGUGUCCGCAGAGGGGCAUGGAUCAGAGAGUCGAGACGGUCCUGUGUCCCCAGAGGGGCAUGGAUCCGAGAAUCGAGAUGGCCCUGUGUCCCCAGAGGGGCAUGGAUCCGAGAAUCAAGAUGGCCCUGUGUCCCCAGAGGGGCAUGGAUCUGAGAAUCGAGAUGGCCCUGUGUCCCCAGAGGGGCAUGGAUCCGAGAAUCGAGAUGGCCCUGUUUCCCCAGAGGGGCAUGGAUCCGAGAAUCGAGAUGGCCCUGUUUCCCCAGAGGGGCAUGGAUCCGAGAAUCGAGAUGGCCCUGUGUCCCCAGAGGGGCAUGGAUCCAGGAAUCGAGAUGGCCCUGUGUCCCCAGAGGGGCAUGGAUCCGAGAAUCGAGAUGAUGGCCCUGUGUCCCCAGAGGGGCAUGGAUCCGAGAAUCAAGAUGGCCCUGUUUCCCCAGAGGGGCAUGGAUCCGAGAAUCAAGACGACCCUGUGUCCCCAGAGAGGGAUGGAUCUGAGAAUCGAGACGGCCCUGUGUCCCCAGAGGGGCAUGGAUCCGAGAAUCGAGACGGCCCUGUGUCCCCAGAGGGGCAUGGAUCCGAGAAUCGAGAUGGCCCUGUGUCCCCAGAGGGGCAUGGAUCCGAGAAUCGAGAUGGCCCUGUGUCCCCAGAGGGGCAUGGAUCCGAGAAUCGAGAUGGCCCUGUGUCCCCAGAGGGGCAUGGAUCCGAGAAUCGAGAUGGCCCUGUGUCCCCAGAGGGGCAUGGAUCCGAGAAUCGAGAUGGCCCUGUGUCCCCAGAGAGGGAUGGAUCUGAGAAUCGAGACGGCCCUGUGUCCCCAGAGGGGCAUGGAUCUGAGAAUCGAGACAGCCCUGUGUCCCCAGAAAGGGAUGGAUCCGAGAAUCGAGAUGGCCCUGUGUCCCCAGAGGGGCAUGGAUCCGAGAAUCGAGAUGGCCCUGUGUCCCCAGAGGGGCAUGGAUCCGAGAAUCGAGAUGGCCCUGUGUCCCAAGAGAGGGAUGGAUCUGAGAAUCAAGACGGCCCUGUGUCCCCAGAGGGGCAUGGAUCCGAGAAUCGAGAUGGCCCUGUGUCCCCAGAGGGGCAUGGAUCCGAGAAUCGAGAUGGCCCUGUGUCCCCAGAGGGGCAUGGAUCCGAGAAUCGAGAUGGCCCUGUGUCCCAAGAGAGGGAUGGAUCUGAGAAUCAAGACGGCCCUGUGUCCCCAGAGGGGCAUGGAUCCGAGAAUCGAGAUGGCCCUGUGUCCCCAGAGGGGCAUGGAUCCGUGAAUCGAGACGGCCCUGUGUCCCCAGAGGGGCAUGUAUCCGUGAAUCGAGACGGCCCUGUGUCCCCAGAGGGGGAUGGAUCCGUGAAUCGAGACGGCCCUGUGUCCCCAGAGAGGGAUGGAUCCGAGAAUCGAGAUGGCCCUGAGUCCCCAGAGAGGGAUGGAUCCGAGAAUCAAGAUGUCCCUGUGUCCCCAGAGAGGGAUGGAUCUGAGAAUCGAGACGGCCCUGUGUCCCCAGAGGGUCAUGGAUCCGAGAAUCAAGACAGCCUCGUGUACCCAAACAAUGUGCAUGUUGCAGAGAGAAGACAAGCAUUACAAAAUGUCCUGUCCAAGUUAGGGAUGGAGGAGCACAGAAGUCAGAAGCUCCGGCUGAAGGAUGUUCUGCAGAUCAGCCCAGAAAAUGCAAAGAGCUGGACUCCUGAGUCAUUAGGAGAUUUACCUUGGCAUUUCCUAAGAAAGAUAAUGGCUUUAAAUGGGAUGGCCAGAAAUACAAGCCUUGACUACAUGGCACCUGAUUAUCAACAAAGCAGUGAAGAUAAGGAGGAGCUGAAUACUGAUGAUAGUAUUUCUUGUCUUAGUGAUGCUAAUGCUAUGAAUCCCCUUGAUGUUCUCUGUGCUGUUCUGCUUUGCUCAGACAGUUUCCUACAGCAGGAGAUCUUGUCCAAAAUGUCCAUGUGCCAGUUUGCCCUCCCUCUGCUGCUGCCCCCCCUCGACACCCCCAAGUGCACCCUAAUGCUGUGGGCCAUGAGGGACAUUGUGAAGAAGUGGAGGCCGCACUCCCUGGCGGAGAGCAGAGGGUUCAGAGAGGAGAGCCUGGUGCUCACCAAAAUGCCAACCAUUUCCUUUGUGCGGCUGGGGAGCUGCAGCUUCUCCAAGUCCAAACUCCUCAAUGACGUUCUCAGCCCCUCCCAGCAGCACCACGAUUUCUUUAUCCAUCGGGACAUGGACUCUGGGCAUGUCCUUCGAAAUGUCUCUGAUGGGUUGGUAGAAAUAUCCUGGUAUUUUCCUGGGAGGAGAGGGAAUUUGGAUCUUUUCCUAGAGCCUGUUGCAGUUAUUAAUUUGCACGGAGACAUUGAGCCCCACUGGCUGCAAUUUGGCUUUUUAACAAAUGUCUCCUGUUCAGUGUUCAUAUUUGUUGAAAGUGUCAGUGAAAAAAACUAUUUACUUCUAUCAGCUCUAAAGGAAUCAGCAACUAAAUAUUAUUUCAUCUUUAACAUUCCAACUGGGAUAUCCAGUGAAACACAGACAUUCUGUGAUAAAUUAGUCUCAGAGUUGAAACUGAACAAAUCACAGUUAUUGGUGAAAGACAGCAGCCAAAAUAAGGCCAAAUUUGUAAAAAAGCUACAAAACCUUUUAGGAUGUAUAAUGAAAUCUUCUCCCAAGAAAAUAAAUAUAGAGGAUAUGGCUGUUAUUGCACGUGAACUAGGAAUCCAGGUAGAUGAAGACUGUAAGGCAUGUCAAACAGGAAGGAAGUGGGCUAGAGAGAUUGCUGCAGAAAUAAAAGACACAGGAAAGUACAAGAAGGCAAUGUUUAGACUCCAAGGGGAUCCAUGGAAAAAAUUGGCUAAAGUGGAAAAAGAGCUGUGCCGAAUGAGAAGGCAAGGGGGCAUCCCUUCUGAGAAAUAUAGAUCUCAGCUGAAAGCAGAAUUAUCAGAAUUACGUGCUCAGCAGAAUAAAUGUGAUCUUACUGAUGGUUUGACUAAAUUUAUUAUGGGACUAAAUCAACUAGCUCCACUGGAAAAACACUUCUUCCUGAAAUGGCUUAAGUUUAGACUGGAUUGCAUUGCUAGGGAGAAUCUUUCUGAAUUGCGUGAUCAAUAUAAAGAAAAAUAUAACACUUUAGGUGAUGACCCAAAAAAGUUAUCAGAACUAGAUGAAUUAAUAUCAAUCAGUUCCUUAGGACUUGAGCAUUUCAUGCGCGAGUUGGCACAGUUUUAUGAGGCUGAAUGCUCAAUGAUGGAAGAAGGCAAAGUCGCAAAAAGUGGAAGACAAUUCACGCAUCUCCCAGGAAUAGCAGCUGACCUGAUGCUGGAAGGUUUUCCCAUGGAGCUGAUCGAUGGAGAUGCCUCCAACAUCCCACUGCAGUGGGUGACAGAUGUUCUGACCCAGCUCCAUGCCAAGCUGGGGGGAAGGUCCAGAAUGGUGGUUCUAACGGUGCUGGGUGUGCAGAGCACUGGGAAAUCCACUCUUCUCAACACCAUGUUUGGCCUGCAGUUUGCAGUGAGCAGUGGCCGAUGCACACGAGGAGCCUUCAUGAUGCUCAUUAAAAUGGCAGAGAAGUUUCAGCAGGAGCUGGGCUGUGAUUUCAUCCUGGUGAUAGACACAGAAGGCUUGAAAGCCCCUGAACUGGCCAGGCUGGAGGAUAGUUAUCAACAUGACAAUGAGCUGGCCACCCUGGUGAUUGGGUUAAGUGACAUAACCAUCAUUAACAUGGCCAUGGAGAAUGCCACAGAAAUGAAAGAUGUUCUGCAAAUUGUGGUCCAUGCCUUUCUCAGGAUGGGGGAAAUUGGGCAAAAGCACAACUGCCACUUUAUCCAUCAGAACGUCAGUGAUGUGUCUGCACAUGACCAAAACAUGAGGGACAGGAAACACCUCCUGGAGCAGCUGAAUGAAAUGACCAAAGCUGCAGCUAGGAUGGAAAAGAAAAGCAAGGAAAUAAAAUUUUCAGACAUUAUGGACUAUAAUCCAGAGAAACACAAUUGGUACAUUCCUGGACUGUGGCAUGGAGUCCCUCCCAUGGCUUCUGUGAAUAUGGGAUACAGUGAGAGUGUAUGUGACCUAAAGAAAUCCCUGUUUGAACUUAUGAGAAGCCGUUCAAUUAACAGAACACCUAAGGAGAUUCCCCAGAUCAUUGAAUGGGUGAGGAGCCUGUGGAAUGCUGUAAAACAUGAGAACUUCAUUUUCAGUUUCAGAAAUAGCCUUGUAGCAGAAGCCUAUAAUCAGCUGUCUGUGCAUUAUUCAAAGUGGGAAUGGGAUUUCCGCAAGAAGGUGCAUCUCUGGGUAUCCCAACAAGAAACUGCUAUUCAGAAUAGUUCUCCACAUGAAUUAGAUAAAGGUAAAUUAAAAUAUGAGUUGCAAAAGAAACUGGUGGAUGGUGAAAAGAGGAUUUUGGAUUGUUUACAAAAUUAUUUUGAUAGUGCAGCAGCUAAUCUUCACUUAAUUGAAAAGUACAAGGAAGAUUUCAUCAGGAGUGCAAAAGGCCUGAAGAAAGAACUUGAUAGCAAUUCAUUCAGUAAGUGUGAGGAAGCAAUUCAAAUUCAAAAAGGUCGAUACAUGAUAAAAAAUAUCCAAAUUGAGUACAUGAACAAAAUAGAAGAGAAAGUUGACAGACUUUUGAAAGAAUGCUGGAAAAGAAAACAAAAAUUAAAUAAUAAGAAUCUGGAAUCUGAAUUUGAAAAAAUGUGGAGAGAAUCAUUGUCAGAAUUAUCAUUCACUCCUUUACAGACACGAUUAAUUUAUCAAAAUAUGGAGUUUCAAUUGAGAAAGGACUUAGAGAAUCGAGGGAGUGAGGUCAAUCAGAAGCUACAAGAAGCAGGAAGCUUGCGGGAUUAUGUAAAGAAAUCUGUCACCAGUGAAAAUGAAUACUUUGUCUUUACAUUGUUCAAAGCUGUGAAAACAUCAGUCACAGCGAUCAAAGAAUUGUUCAGACCACAACUUCCAUGUAACACAGAUGAAUUUGCUAAAUCAUUGAGGGACAAGUGCCAGAGUUAUACUGAGAAAAAGAUAAAGUCCAAAGCAGACUACGAUGAAACUUUUUGCAGAGAACUGCUUAAUAUAAUCAAUGAGAAACUCCAACAGGCUGAUCUGCAUGAACUUCACAUCAGUGCUUUCUUUGAAGUCAAUCUAAAAUUUCACAUUUUGGGGGAGGCAGCUUGUGCAUUUCAGAAGAUGCAUGAGGAUUUUAACAAGGAAAAUGAUCCUCAGCAACAUCUGGAGAGACUGAAACCUCAGUAUUUCUCCACCUUUAGAGACCUUUACUUGGAGAAGGAUACGUGCCAAGAGACGGCUAAGAAUUUAUGUGAUCAGUGUCUGAGACCUGCCCUGGUGGAGUAUGUGAACAAGAUACUAGGAAUAGAGAUAGUGGAUGACUUUCUCAGCAAGGGACAAUCCUUAGAAUAUGGCAGCCAGAGUUUUUUCCAGUUUGCUGUGCAGAAGAAACUGCUGGAGGAGAUGAAUUUUGACAACUAUGUGAAAUAUAUUAACAGCUAUGAAGAGUUUGUCAAGAGCUGGAUACUGAGACACCUGCUAGAUCACUACAGAGAGAGUGAGAGUUUGAGAGUUAUGGAAGAACAGAUUUUAACUGCAGUUAUAAACAAGGUCAACAAGGCUUUGGAAAACAGCAAAUAUAAAAAAACAAACACAGUCUCUGCCUUCUUAGACAACUUUUGCAGAUUGCUGCAGCAAGACCUAGUCAUUCCGAGGGACAUUUUAGCUGGGAUCAGACUUAAAAUCACAGCAAAUGCUGAACAGUUUUCUGUAUAUAUUGAAAAUUUUCUUCCUAAUCUGAAGGAACUAAUUUUAUCUGAAUUUAAAAAGCUAGAAGUUGUGUCAGUGCUCUCCAAUCUAUCAGUGAAACCUGAGGAUGAAAUCUUCAAGCGAGUGUUUGGCUGUGGGAAGCAGUGUCCAUUCUGUAAAGUCCCCUGUGAAGCAGGAGCCCCUGCACACGAGGAGCAUUUUGCAUCAGUGCAUCGCCCUCAAGGAUUAGGGGAAUACCGAAGUAUCAGAACAAAGAUACUUAGCUAUGAUAUAUGCUCCUCUGCAGUGGUUUCCAAUGGCACAUUCAGAUGCACAGCAACAAAAUGGAAGGAUCAUCCUUAUAAAGAUUAUCUAAUUUUUUUCCCAGACUGGCGCAUCCAGCCAGAUCCCAGCAUCACAGCUUCUGAUUACUGGAAGUUUGUUUUCAAGGAGUUCAAUCACCAGUUUGCUAAGGAGUUUGAUGCUCUCCCUGCUGAUCUCCCUGAAGACUGGGGUAAAAUAACCAAAGAGCAGGCACUGGAAGGCCUAAAGGAAGCCUUUACAUUGAAGGCAAGAACAGGCUAAGAAACUCUGUUGUGAGCAGAACUGUGCCAAGCCCCUUAACCCCCAGCUAUCCCCCACUUAUCCCCAGAGAUCUUCUGCCCCACCACCUGCUCUGCCCCCACUGCAUCCCCUUCUCCACUCUGGGUAGGAAGGCAAUAAUUCUGGGCCUUCGUGUGCAGUGCCUUCCUCUCAGUGGGGGGGCUUGGACACCCCUAUGCAGCUGCAGCGGCUGUAAUGCAUGCAGACCCAGCCCAGACAGAGUGCGAUGACUACUGCUCUCUUCACAGCACGUGCCCUUGCCACUGGCUAGUUUAAAAUACAACCACACUUCUUUCAAAACGUUGUUUAUCUCACUCCCUUCUGGGAGUUGUAGUUUACUUUCUCCCUCCAAACAAGCUGGGGACUACGGCUCCCAGAAUCCCCAGCAGGCUGUCCCCGCAGUUGCGUAAUUCAGAGAGCCGGAGCUGGAGCCUGUAGAUUGGGGGACAGCCACUCCAUUCGGGUGAAUGUGUCAGGGCUGCCCAGAGGGGGGGCAAGUGGGGCAAU